GAGUACGUGGAGGGGGUGAGUGACCAGGACGUGCUCCUCAUUCAUUCCUGCCGCCAGUGGACCACGGUGACGGCCCACAGCCUGGAGGAGGGGCACUACGUCAUCGGACCCAAGAUCGACAUCCCACUGCAGUACCCAGGGAAGUUUAAGCUGCUGGACCAAGACCGGGACGUGCGGGAACCAGUUCAGUAUUUCAACAGCGUGGAGGAGGUGGCCAGCAGCUUCCCGGACCGCGUAUUCGUCAUGGAGGCCAUCACCUUCAGCGUGAAGGUGGUGUCCGGGGAGUUCAGCGAGGCCAGCGAGGUCUACAACUUCACGCUGCAGGCGGGCGACGAGCUGACGCUGAUGGGCCAGGCCGAGAUCCUGUGCGCCAAGGGGGCGAAGGAGAAGUGGCGCCUCCCCACCCUCCUGCGCAAGCUGGGCCGGGCGGGCCCUCUGGGCGGCAAGCCGGCGAAGGGCAAGGUGCCUUGCCUGAUCUGCAUGAACCACCGCACCAACGAGAGCCUCAGCCUGCCCUUCCAGUGCAAGGGCUGCUUCAGCACCCGCAGCCCGCUGGAGCUGCAGAUGCGGGAGGGUGAGCACACCAUCCGCAGCAUCAUCGAGAAGGUGCGGCUGCCUGUCAACGUGGCAGUGCCUGGCCGGCCCUCACGCAACCCCUACGACCUGCACGCCAUCCGCGAGGGGCACUGCUACAAGCUGCUCAGCAUCAUCUCCAAGACGGUGGUGCUCUGCUGCAUCCUGCGCAAGGAGGCCGUGGUGCCCUUCCACGUCCUGCUGCUGAGCGACAUGCCCCACUUCGCCCUGCCCGAGGGGCUGCUCUGGGGCGACCCCCAGCUGGAGAAGCUGGUGCAGGACAGUGCCGCUGUCUGCCAGGAGCACUUCGACCCCGAUGAGUACUCCAAAGCCGUGCGGGAGGCCAAGCCCGACCUGUCGGAGGAGUGCGCCAGCCCCCGGCGCAUCCGCCUCAGCCUGCAGGGCUGCGCCCGCGAGGAGCUGGCCCCGGCUUUCCAGCGCCUCUCGGUCUGCAUCUAUAGCAGGGGCUCAGCCCACACCCCCGAGGACCCCCUGGCUGUGCCGGGUGGGCAGCCCCAGCAGCUGCUCCUCCCUCGCCACGAGCGCUCGGCCCUGGCUGACUUCUCCGACUCGGAGCGGGAGUACGUGACACCCAAUUGGGCCGAGCCCGAGUUCAGGACUCAGGAGCCGCUGGAGAUCCCCUAUGAGGAGCUCUGGACGAACCAGAACCCGGAGAACUUCUCGGAGCCCAACGGCAACCGGCCGGGGCUGGGCAGCGCCAACAAAGGGCAGCGCGACCUCAUGUCCUUCACCGCCUCCUCUCCACUGGGCUCCCCGCACCACCCUGCCCUGCCUGGGCAGGAGCCUGUGGGCGAGAUGCCGCCUCCCGUCCCACCCAAAUCCGAAGCGGUGAAGGAGGAAUGCCGCCUGCUGAACGCACCCCCCGUCCCGCCCCGGGGCAGCCGGCCCCAUGCCACCGCCAGCCCACCGGUUCCCCUGCGCUUCCCAAAGCUCCAGCCGGCACACUCGCCCAGUCCCAGCCUCUCGUACUACUCGUCCGGGCUGCACGAUGCGUCAGGCCCGCGGAGCGGGAGCUGCUCGCCCUCCCCGGACUCCUACUCCCUGUACUGCUACCCCUGCACCUGGGGCGACUGCACGGCCGGGGACUCUGCCGGCCGCCAGCUGCCGGGGACCCUGCCGCCCAGCACCCAGCCCAGCCAGACGUCCUGGUCGGACCCAUGGGCCUACGCCGACACGGGGCCCAGCGUGGCCAGCGGGCGCUCCACGCCCCUGCUGGGGGGCGACGCCCCCAUCAAGACCUACCACAGCUGCCCCCGCCUCAAGGCCCCCCACCCCCAGAAACGCUUUGCCCCUUUCGGGGCCCUGAACCCCUUCGCCAACCCCGCCUACUCGCCCAGCCCCUCCUCCUCCACCGAGUGGCUGGAGGCCCUGGACUGGCAGAAGCCGCCCUCUGCCCCCACGCCGGAGACCUUCAACCCUUUCGAGAGCGCCUCCCCCGAGUCAGAGCGCUGCUAUAGCCAAGAGGGCCGGGGCGGGGCGGGUGGCACCUGCCCCGCCCCCCCUCCCCGCCCCGCUAAGAGCCUGGAGACGGAGAGCCUCGUGAUCCGCAGCACGGCACCGCUCUCGCCCACCAUCGUGCGCGGGGCCGAGGGCGGCGUCACCCACGUCUACCUCACGCAGGACGUUAUCGAGGUGCCGCCAGCGUCGGCCCCACGCAGCAGCCCGGGCGAGAGCGCCAGCCACGUGCCCGGUGCGCCCCGGCUGAAUGGCGAUGGCUCACCCUGGCAGCCGCCCGCCGACCUGGCAGCGCUGUCCGUGGAGGAGGUGUCCCGCUGCCUGCGCUUCAUUGGCCUCUCCGAGGAGGUGGUGAGCUUCUUCGCCCGUGAGCGCAUCGACGGCAGCAUCUUCGUCCAGCUCCCCGAGGAGAUCCUCGCCGACGACUUCCGCCUCACCAAGCUGCAGGUCAAGAAGAUCAUGCAGUUCAUCAAGGGCUGGCGGCCCAAGAUCUAGUGUGAGGCCUAGAAGUGGCAUGUGGAUGUGGGGCCUGGUCCAUGGAUGUGGGCCCCUGAUUGUGGACCUGGCCCAUGGACGAGGGGCGUG